AGACCAUCAACGAGUCAUUCCGCAACUUUUGGGAACGAUGGAGCAAUUUGACGGAGACGCGCCGCGCAACCACGUGGAGGCAGAGGCUCGCGAAAAGAAGAACCACCGCAAAGACAAGCCGUGGGAUAGCGAAGACAUUGACCACUGGAAGAUCGAUCCCUGGCAAGAUGAGUUAGAGGACGAGAAGAAUGCCGGCAAGAAGAUCAAAAUGCCCGGUCUGCUGGAAGAGAGCUCGUUCGCCACGCUCUUCCCCAAGUACCGCGAAAAGUACCUGCGUGAGGUGUGGCCUAUUGUCACCAAGGCUCUAGAUGCGCACAAAGUCUCAUGCGAACUCAACCUAGUGGAGGGCAGUAUGACGGUGCGCACCACGCGCAAGACCACGGACCCAUACAUUGUGCUCAAAGCACGCGACCUCAUUAAGCUGCUCGCGCGUAGUAUCCCUGUAAACCAGGCGGUUAAGAUCUUAGAAGACGACGUGCAGUGCGACAUCAUCAAGAUUGGCGGCCUUGUGCGCAACAAGGAGCGCUUCGUCAAGCGCCGUCAGCGUCUUGUGGGCCCCGAUGGAGCCACGCUCAAGGCCAUUGAGCUGCUCACCAACUGCUACGUGCUUGUACAGGGCAACACUGUGUCGGCUAUGGGCAGUUACCAUGGUCUACGCAACGUGCGUAAGAUCGUAGAGGACUGCUUUGCCAACGUGCACCCGAUCUACAAUGUCAAGCGUCUUAUGAUCAAGCGUGAGUUGGCCAAGGACCCUAAGCUUAAAGACGAGAACUGGGAGCGCUUUUUGCCUACGUUUAAGAAGCAGAACGUGCAGACCAAGAAGCCCAAGAAGGUUCGUGAGAAGAAGGAGUACACUCCGUUCCCGCCAGCACCGACGGCUAGCAAGGUGGACAAGGAGAUCGAGAGCGGUGAGUACUUCAUGAAGGAGCAUGAACGCAAGGCUAUGAAGAAGGCAAAGAAGCACGAGGAGAAGCUACAGGUUCUGCAGAAGCGCAAGGCCGACAAGAUGGCCGAGUAUGUUGCGCCCAGCGAGAAGGAAACCAGCAAGAAGCGCAAGAAACAAAAGGCCGAAGCGCAGGAGGAGAACAAGCGAGCUACUUCUGUUGAGGCUCUUAAGCAGAAAUUCCUCAGCCAGAAGAGCGCGAAGACAUCAGACUCGAAGGCUGCUGCCUCAGUGAAUGACUACUUGGCUGUUCCAUCCAAGAAGAAAUCAAAGAAGGCCGACGCGUAACUAGACUCAAAUCCACCCACGGCGUUUUUUUUCUUCAAUUAUCUUGUCUUUUCCACAG